CUUUAGCUUACUCAUGCGUUUUUCUGUGUAGUCCAGACUCAUAAGUAUGUUCUUAUUAUUAUCCGUGGAAAACGCCGUUUACCAUGUGCAAUUUAUUUAGUUUCAUCUCUCCACAUAUAAUCAAAAUGAGUUCAAGAGUUUCAUAUUUUUCAUUUGCUCAUACACAGGUGGUCUACUUUGUCACUGAAUUGUUCAUUUUGGGUUCGUUAUGAAUUGCUAUGUUGGGACAUACAUAUCUGUACGUUGAUACUCUUCUAAUCGAUUGCAAUGUUCCUGAUUUCAACAUUUAUGUUUAAUCUUGACACAUAAUGCGUGCAGUCGGCCGCAUUGCAUUUCUUCUGUAACAUAACUCUGCUAAUGAGUCGUAUUUUCGCUUACCCGCAAUACUGUCACAGACUUCGCAACACACUGUUGCGAAUAGUUCGGCUGCAAGUGAUAUCUGAUCAUGGCGCAAAUGCCGCAUAAGUUUUUGCCGAUCCGGUUUUACUAGUUCUGGAGCAAGAUGUCGUAUCGAACAGAGUAGAUUAAUGGCUCGUGGACAUCAAAAGAUCCAGUCCCAGCAGAAAGCUCAGAAGCGCGCUGAGGCCCUCAAGAAAGCGCAGGGAUGCGAUCAGAAAGGAGCUGCGCAGAAGGCUCUACACCACAAAUGCACGGUCUGCAUGGCGCAGAUGCCGGAUCCAAAGACUUACAAGCAGCAUUUUCUCAGCUUAAGAAGGUCACUUCUGCAUAUGGCUUAGGAGAGGUUUUCUGGCGUUUCAUCCGGUGUAGAAAAUGGGCUUAUGGUCAGAUGCGCCUCUCAGUCAGAUAUCCGGCAAUGAGUAAAUGUGGAGAAAUCAUAAAACAUAUUCAAGGGCUCCCAUGUUCUCUCGUUUUCCGCAAAUCGCUGUUUUUUUGCGUUGCCUCUGUCAAGUUUUGUCCUUGAGCAAUCAGAAGAGUUGGAGAUACAUAUCUUCACAUACUUGGUCUUUUUUUUUUGGCGGAGUUCACACGUUGCCCGUUUUAUCAAGGGAGGGUCAGGAAGUCGAAGCCAAUCAUUACAAGUUUUAUGGAUAUCUUUUAGAGUCGAAAAAUAAACUGAUGGC